CAAGGAAAUGGUAACCAAAUAGACGCUUACUUUUUAACAUUUCCCAUUAAUUAAGUUUGUCUCAGUAAGAGUCUACAUGAUUGCCUUUGCACUCCUGAUUGCCCCGCUUCCCAUGUCUGGAAGGUUGGUGGAGCACCAUGGGUUAUCUGAGGAGAUUGCUUCUUGGGCGGCAACUGUAAUGGUUAGUCAGUGGAUUUCCAAUGGCGCAUGGCCCAUCCCUGUUAGUUUUGUGGGUGACCCUGAAUGGUCAACUAGGUUAGCUAGGGAAAUACAAGCUAUGGAGAUUGAUGGUAAUAAGGAUCAAGCCUUGUUGGUGACCCUGAAUGGUCAACUGAGGAAAUUCUCCAUUGCUUAUUGCUAUGAGAUUCUGCAGCUUAAAAAGAGGAAGGUGAGAUUGUAUUCCAUGAUUUGGGCUAAGGAUGUUAUCCCAAGGCAUAGUUUCAUGGUCUGGCUGUUGGUAAGGGACAGGCCUAAAACAUGAACAACUCUGCGAAGCCGUGGCCUUAACAUAGAUGCUAAGUCUGUUUUGUAAUGUGGAGGAAGAGACUACUGAUCACAUUUUCUUUCAAGUUACGGUGAUUAGUCAGGUUUGGUAUGGGAUCCUGCAGAAAUUUGAUGUCCUUCUAACUCCCUCUUCUAGGAUUUUGGACUGGAGAUGGGUUUACAGACAGCAUAGAGGAAGGAGUUCCAACCACAGGUGGAUUCGUGCUUUGUUUUCAUUAACUGCAUACAGCUUAUGGUUUGAGCAUAACAAAAUAUUAUAUAGAAA